CCAACGCCUACCCCAUCCGUCCUCCACAAUUUUGUUGGCCCCCAAAACAUAUCCUUUCGUGACCCGAAAAACUCUUCUUCUUCACAAAAACUAAAUUUGGGGGAAACUCAAUUUCCGUGACCUCUCCAUAUUCUCCAUGGCGAGGACCCUGAUUUCCUCCCCGUCUUUCUUCGGAACUCGCCUGCCCUCGCUUUCCCGCCAUGGGCUUGUUCCCUCCAGCAGGCGCAUCAGCACUGGAGUGAAGUUCAGCCUCCACCAGCUGCCGCCUAUCGAUCACGCUGUUCAUUUCGGUGCGAUUCUUCAGAGAGCUGAGAGCUUGCUCUACACGCUUGCUGAUGCUGCCGUCGCCGUGGACGGUGGCGCUGGGCCGUCCGACUCUGCUGCUACUGCCGCCCAGAAGAGCGGAGGGUGGUUCGGAUUUAUUUCGGACGCCAUGGAAGUUGUGCUCAAGGUACUUAAGGAUGGGCUUGCAACUGUUCAUGUUCCAUACGCAUAUGGGUUUGCCAUAAUAUUGCUCACCGUUUUUGUUAAAGUUGCCACACUACCUUUGACCAAGCAACAGGUUGAGUCCACACUAGCAAUGCAGAAUCUUCAACCAAAGAUCAAAGCAAUUCAGCAAAGAUAUGCUGGAAAUCAGGAAAGAAUACAACUCGAAACUUCUCGUCUAUACAAACAGGCAGGGGUCAAUCCUCUAGCAGGAUGUUUGCCAACCUUGGCUACAAUACCAGUCUGGAUAGGUUUAUAUCAAGCUCUUUCAAAUGUGGCAAAUGAGGGAUUGCUGACCGAAGGGUUCUUUUGGAUUCCUUCUUUGGGAGGUCCCACAACAAUAGCUGCUCGACAAAGUGGAGCAGGAAUUUCCUGGCUGUUCCCAUUUGUGGAUGGACAUCCUCCACUUGGUUGGCAUGACACUGCAGCUUACCUUGUUUUACCUGUUCUUCUAGUUGUAUCACAGUUUGUCUCGAUGGAAAUAAUGAAGCCUCCACAAACAGAUGAUCCAAAUCAAAAGAACACGCUUCUUGUAUUAAAGUUUCUCCCCCUCAUGAUUGGCUACUUUUCGUUGUCUGUUCCAUCUGGAUUGUCAAUAUACUGGUUCACAAAUAAUGUGCUUAGCACAGCACAGCAAGUAUGGCUACGCAAAUUGGGAGGUGCAAAGCCUGCUGUGGCUGAGAACGCCAGUGGGAUAAUCAGUGCAGGACGUGCAAAACGGUCAGGUGCUCAGCCGGAACGAACAGGCGAAAGAUUCAAGCAGCUUAAAGAGGAAGAGAAGAAGCAAAAGCUUAGUGCUCUGCCUGCAGAUGAUGUCCAGGCUUCAGAUCCAGCUGAUCCUGAGUCUGAAGAUGACACAGACAAUGAUACUGAACCGAAGGACAAGGAAGCUCUUGAAGAGGCAUAUGUGUCUAGUAGUGCAAAACCAGUGCCUUCAGGGCCUAGGAGAAGUAAGCGAUCAAAGCGGAAGCGCGCGCACUAUUCUCUUGGCACUAAGACCAAAUAAUAAUUGUCAACCAACUCUAGGUGAAGCCGUAGCUGUUUCUCCAUAUGAAGAAAUUGUUAAAGUGGCAACUGACAGCAAAACCUUAAAAGACAGACACGGAGUAGAUGAGGAGUUUCACAAUCAACUUCACCCAAACGGGCGACUUUUGGCAGCCUCAGUUUGAUUAACUGUAAAUAGGAAUGUCGAUCCAGCCUGAAAUUCAUGGGCCGACUCAAAUAACUCGAUAAAAUUAAAGGAUUAGAGCAUCUCUAAAGGAAACUCUACAAUAGAGUAUACUUCAUUCUAUUGUGGAGUUAAAACGUACAUUUUCUUUAUUUUCAUCUCCAACAAUUGACUCUACAUUUCAUUGUAGAAUAUUUCAAUUCUAUGUUUUCUAUUGUUAAGUUAUUUUAUCAAUUUAAUUAUCAUA